AACAAAACGUCUCGUUCCACUCACCGAAAUCAAAAUAAAAAAAGGAUCAAUCGUCUCGCUGGGUUUUGGAAUAAAAAAAUUUAGUUUUGUGAUUGAAAAUUUUUAUUGAGGCUCCUGGGGGCAUUUUUGGUGACUGAAGUUGUGGAAUUGACAGGAGUGGCUGAAGCGUGUUCGACCAUGGGACAUGGCGGUUAACCCAGUGUAUUAUUCCAGCCGGAAUCCCCAGUAUUCUCGAUAAUCAGGCAGAAUCAUGAGCAAAUUAAUCCUCGGGAAGUAAAGGAGAGAAUCAACUGGAGUGUUUCGGCGAGGACAGUCUGUGGGGAUUAUCGCAACUAUUUUUAAGAAACACAAGACCUCGAAGGCAACUCCACGAUGCUUCCGCUAACGCACAAGGACUCCCGGAGUUUCGGUAGCCGAAUAAAAGAGAAGAUAAACGGCUGGACGAGAUUGAUAUUCUCGGACAAGAACACGCGGAAUCUCUUCCUCUUUCUCCUCCUGAACUUCUCGUUCGCGUUCAUCGAGCUGAUCUACGGCAUGUGGACGAACAGCCUGGGUCUCAUAUCGGACAGCUUCCACAUGUUCUUCGACUGCACAGGUCUGAUCUUCGGUCUGAUCGCCUCGGUGAUAACGAAAUGGCGAGCGAACGAUCGUUACACUUACGGUUACGUGAGGGCAGAGGUGCUGGCGGGCUUCGUGAAUGGCUUAUUCCUGCUGUUCAUAGCUGGAUUCAUCAUGUUCGAGGCGAUUGAGCGAGCAAUAGAGCCCCCAGAGGUCAAGCACGAGCGGCUCUUCGUGGUCUCUGUCCUGGGGCUUCUAGUGAAUUUGGUUGGAAUUUACGCCUUUCAGCAUGGCCACGGCCACAGCCACGGGGGUGGAGGGCACGGGCACUCCCACGGGGGCCAUGGACACUCCCACAAUCACAAUCACAGUCACGGGGGCCACGGCCACGACCACCACGACAUUGAAUUCGAGUCCUCAUCGUCGGGAAAUUCGCAGAUCAUGAAGAGUGUCUUCCUCCACAUUCUCGCUGACACUCUGGGAUCAGUCGGGGUCAUUGUCUCAGCUGUUCUCAUGCAUCUCUUCGGCUGGAUGAUUGCUGAUCCCAUUUGCUCCAUGUUCAUUGCUCUUCUCAUCAUCAUCAGUGUGGGAUCACUGCUCAUGGAGUCUGGGGUCAUUCUCAUGCAGAGGCAACCUGCUGCUCUCGAUCAUCUUCUACCUCAGUGCUACAAUAGGAUUAAGAACCUCUCUGGGGUUUAUGAUGUGCAGGAGCCACACUUCUGGACACUGUGCUCGGACAUUUAUGUCGGCAGCUUGAAGCUCGAAGUCGCCAGGACUGUUGAUGCCAAGUAUGUGCUUGCACAGACGCAGAUGAUAUUUCAUGCCGCUGGCGUCAGGCAUCUCACAGUUCAGCUGGAUUACACGCAUACGUGAUCCGAGGGGGGGGAUGAACUCCUCAGGGGGUUCUGAGGACUCGCGGGUGCCUGAUUUUUUUAAGAACAUUGGGGCAGGUGAUUCAGGAGCGAAGUGGUCAAAUGGUUUAGGUCGAUUUUGGAUGUUGGCCAGUUUUCAGGGAAUAUCUCGGAAUCUGAGGGGGAUAGCAAAAAUUUUGUUGGAACCUUU